GGAUCGAUACCAGAUUUUGCGGUAUCGCACACCUCUUUUCGUACGAGAGAACUGGCGGGAGCGGUGCAACUUUCCCCGAGCGAAGUGGGCUGAAACCGAAGCUCCAGUGAGCGCGUGCAGCCAGCAGCCCGCCACCUAGCUGCGGACACGACUCUGAGAAAACACCCGCGUCAACGUGUUGUUGCUCAGCGGAGCUCGCGCUCUCCUGCUCUCGCUCCGCGCGCUUAUGGGAAUAAAAACUCGCCUUUUUUUUCUGGGGGUGUUUUAACCUCCUCCGGCCUUUAGUUAUGUAACCAAAAGCAACAUUUGAAUGCGCCAACAGGACCGCCGCUGGUGAAGGCAGAGAGGAGAGAGGAGCAGGAGCAGGAGCACCUCCAGCACCUCCUCCAUGCUUUAAAAACGCAGUUGGCUCUCCGGGACGCGCUCCCUCUCGGGAUUUACUCGGCUCAAGCCUGAAGGACGUUUUCCUCACCGGAUGAAAGCAUUCCGCUGCUUUUGGACGGCGACGGGAUCUAUUUUUGUGACCUUUCUGGUCUCUGCUUGUCACCUUUCACCCCACCAGCCCAGGAGUUUAUAGUGGGAACUCCGGAGCACCUUACGUCUCCGUCCCCCCUCCGGCUUCUCUGAUGGACCAGAGAGUAAAGGGGGGGACCCCUCCGACUACCACCUCCACUCUGGACACUGCUUCUGCGUCCGAGGAAGCCAAGCAGGAUCAAGCGGCGGAGAAAAGAAGGAGAAGCGAGGACGUGAGGAAGAAAGAGGAGGAGAAACGAGGAUGUAAAAAGGAUGGGAACAAGGCAGCGGUGCUGGAGCUGCUCAUCGAGGGGCGCUGUGGAGGCGUGGGGCAGCAGGAGCUGCAGAUCUCUGGCAGGGAGACCAGCUGCCCCGAGGGCAACGUACGAGUCCGGAUCGGGCUCCAGGCCAAGCGCACCAAAAAGCCGCCCAAGAUCUUGGAGAGCUACGUAUGCAAACCCACCAUCAGGACCUACCAGAGACAAGGCCGGGGCGGACCGCCGCGGGCAGAUGGAGAGGGAAAAGCCGUCCAGCAGAGCAAAGGCAGCUCAACCACAGACGAAGCAAACAGAGAGCAGCGCGUGGGCUUGGAUGCUACCCAAACCACAUCCAAAAAAACUGCAUGUGCUGCUUCACAACCGCUGACAUCAUCAUCUUCAUCAACACAACCUUUGUCGGUGUCCUCAACAAAGUCCAGCCCAGCCUCAGCCCCUGCCACAACCAGCCAAGGGAGCAAACCUGACAAACAGGUUCCCAUCAAGCUGGCCGAUAAGACGGAGGAGAAAGUGAACGGCUCGUCGGAGAGAGAGAAAAAGGACAAGCUCUCGAGCGUCAACGGUCAACCCGUCCCCGCCGGACCUAAACUCUGCUCGCCCGCAACCGACCAGACUGCGUCGACCGCUCGGUCCGCCGCAGGCAACUCCAAAGUCUCCACGUUGGACACCAGGAAUGAUGGGAGCAGCUCCAAAAAACACAAUGGUUUGGUUCAGAUGGCAAAACAGAAGGGAUUAUCAGAUGGGAGAAGCUCUGCAAAUAUUCUUGGCCCUUCUUCAAAAAGCAAAGCUGGAAAACACGUCAGCGCGUCUUCUGUUUCUUCCACGGACUCUCCAGCGAGGCCUCUGGCCCUCUCCGGCCCGCAUAAAGAACUUUUGAGCAAGAGUAGGCCAGACUCUCCUUCCCGUCGCCCGGACUCCCCCAAACCACAGUCUUCCCCCGCCGUGGAUCUCUCUUCGACGUCAUCCAAAGAUCAGGAUCCCUCUCUGCCGGAGAGGAGGAGGGAAAAGGAAAGGAAAGCCAAGAAAGAGAAGCGGAGAGCAAAGAAAUUAAAGCAAGAUAAACUGGAGGCUGAGCGAGAGAAGACCGAGAGACUGAAGGACGAAGUAAAGAAGAAGAAAAAGGACAAGGAUGGCAAAUCAAGACGCGAUAAAGAAAAGGCUCAAAAACAAAGAGAUGAUGAUUCGUGGGAGCUAAAGACUGAGGGAGGAAAGGUUGAGAAGAGAGAAAAGCUCAGUUCUGAUGGACAAGGAAAAGUGGAUAACAACAUAAAAUGUAGUGAAAUGGCUUGUAAACAAGACAAAACCUGCAAAACAGUGACGGAGAAAGAAAAGACAGACGACAGUUGCAGGGCAGCGAAACAAGCCGAGCCCACAACGACAGGUGAUUCCAGUAAAUCAAAAGAUCAAGAUGUCUCAAGACAUUCAGCUGCUCCUCCAGCCCACUCCGCUUCGUCUGCUCCUCCCCCUCCCGCCAACACUCCCGUCUCCCCCACUGCCUCACCCCCAGAGCAGGACAGCCGGCCACUCAAGAAACGCAAAGCCAGAAGGCCCAGCUGGACGAAGCUGGUGCACCGUGCCCAUAGGCUGGACAGUCAGGACGUCUCCUCAGAUUCCCCACAUAAUCCCUCACAAAGUUUCCCUCUGCUCACCAAGGCGUCGUUUCCUGCCAAAACCACCGUUCAGCCGAGCGAUGAGUCACACUUACCACCCUCCAGCUGCUCCUCCUCGCUGUCUUCCACAAUCAAACCUCCAACCCCGAAACAGACUCACCCCGCCACCGAUCCAGUCCCCCUCGCUUCGGUGUUCCCCACAAACAGCGUUCGAAAAAGAGGCAGACCGAAAUCCCACAGCUUCAGCUCAGAGGAGCCUCCACCUCAGCUCUCGCCCAACGCCGGAGCAGCCGAGGAGCUUCCUGCCGGGUGCCACCGAGUCCAGAAAGCCCCCGUGCUGAAGCCGAUUCUGCAGCCGAGCCCCAAGAAGCGUGGCCGUCCUCCCAAAAGAGCCCACCCCGAGUUCGACCGCCAAGACGCACCGGAUCUCGACGAGAGGGGCAACGGCUUUCAUCCUCCCGAAAAGGGCAACCGGCAGCUAAAGAUCAGGAGGCUUAUUAACGAGAUGAAGAAGAGGAAGAAGAGGAGGUUUCACAAAGCAAUAAUGUCUGGUUACGUGAGGAAGGAGGGAAGGGCAGGAGAGGCGGUUGACGGUAGAACCUCGCUGAGAAUGGCGACGACGGUUCACACGCUCUCAGCCCUGUCCUCCUCGUUCGGGAGCAAGCUAGGCCCACAGAUCAACGUGAGCAAGAGGGGCACCAUCUACAUGGGCAAGAGGCGAGGACGCAAGCCCAAAGCUCACGCCGGCUCCCAGUGCUCCACCCAGGCCACCCUGUUCACCGGUCACUCUGAGGGCUCGCUCUUCUCGUCCAGCCAGCUUUCUCAUCCCUUUCCUUCCCCGUCCCUGACCCACUCCAGCGGAGCCCAGAGUCCUUACAGCGAGGGCAGCCUCACAGAGCCGUCCUCCUCCCUCCUCUUCUCCCACCAUUUCUCCCUCCCAUCCCCGACCUCCUCCUGCACAUCCCCCCGUCCACCGUCCUCCCCCUUCGUGAAGAAGAGCUGUCCAUGUCAGGGGAGGCAUCAGUUUCCCUUCCACCAGUCCACGUGUAAGCUCUCCUGCGCCACACCUCCUCUGCACCCCACCCCCGGCUCUCCCAGCCACCUGAAGGAGGCCACGCCCUCCCCCAGGAGCGAGUCUCACAGCGACGAGACGCUGCCGAGCGACAGCGGGAUCGGAACCGACAACAACAGCGUCUCGGAGCGAGGGGAGAUGAGGGGAGCUCGAGGAGGACUUCGGUUUGGUCCGGGGUCAGGGGUGACGCUAGGCGCUCAGAGGCUCCCUCCUUCUCCGGUCUCACCCCCCAGCAUGUCCAGACACUCCAACGCCAUCGGCAACUUAAACUCUGCGGAGCGACACCGACACAGGCGCAGGGACCACGACUGUCCCUCCUCCUGCGCCUGCUUGUGCUCGUGUCCGGGACACAAGUGCACCCUGCCCGACUACGUGCCCUGCCUCGGGCACGGUGCUCUGAAGAGGCAGAAGAACAAACACAAGAAGAAGCACCAGCAGCUGCAGGAUCCAGAGUUCCUGGCUGAGCUGGACGAUCUCAUCGCUCAGUUCGGCGACGUCCACAUCGGACGGCGGAGCUGGGCGAGGAUGGGGCCGAGGCCAGACUUCGACAAGAGCGCCGCAGGAGGAAGACGACACAAUCCGCCCUCCUCCCAUCCCCUGCGCUCCAACGUCUUCAGGAUCAACCUGAAUGGCUUCUACUCGCCCCACCCUUCCUCUUUCUCCGGCGGACCCUCCUUCACUCCUCAACCUUUCUACCCAUGCCACUGCAACAGGAAGCUGGACCGCAGGCAGUGCGGCUGCCCGUCCAAGUUCCAGGAAACCAUUGACAACAUGGGCUAUUACAGCAGCUACCCUCCAGCGCCGCCCGGGCUCUAUCACCACCUCCCCAGCUCCUACCCACUCCCACCCCCUCACCAGUACGCCUUGCACCAGCCUCACCACGCCCACUUCCUCCUCAACCCGGCGAGGUUCCACCGAAGGAGGAGUCGGCUGCUGCGGGAGGGAGCUUUAGGAGGAGAGGUGGAGGGAGGCAGCAAAGGAGGAGGCGGCCUGGGCUUCACCUCCAGCCUCUCCUGUGCAUGGGGGAGGAGUGAGCACAAACACAAACAUCGCCACAGGCACUUUGAGCAGAACCUGGAUGAUGAGGAGGAGGAAGAUGGGAUGGAACGAGAGGCUCUGGCUCCGUCGAAAACUCGAGCGAGGUUCGUUCUGGGCCAAGCCGAAGAGGGCAGGAAAGGUUUGAGAGGACCGGGGAGCACGCCGUCCAAGGAGUGGCCCUGGUUACGCCAGGGCGGAGCCCAUCUCUUCUCCUCAGCUGCUUCAUCUUCCACUUCAUCAUCUUCAUCAGAGAGGUACAAGAACACGUCUCUCACCUCUCUGGGGCUGGGCUCUUCACACCUGUCUUCCUUUGGAGGAGGCUGGGGCGGUUUGGGUCAAAGCUGGACAAAGUUCGGGAGUCUGGGAAGCCCCGGGUUCGGAAAGUCCAGCUGGACGGGCUUCACCGAGGAGCGGCACGCGAGAAGGCCCAUCGCCUCGGACGGAGAGGACGAAGACGGAGAGGAUGUCGACGAACCGUCAUAUAGGACUUCCAUUUCACCAACGCACACCAACCUGUUCACCUCCGCCGCCCUGGUGGCAGGGGGGAGGGGUCUGAGGAGCGGAUUGGUCAGCGGUAAUCCAGGAAGUGGAGAGAGGUCGUGGAGGAGGGAGGAGCCAUCUUGGACGGAGCGGAGGGACACAGCUUUACAAGGUGACCCGAGGAGCUGGGGCCAGCAGGGAAGCGUGCCAGCGCAGGCGACGGGCAAACGAGGGCCCGGGCGGCCCAGGAAGCAUCCGCUGCCUCCUGCUGCCUCCUCCUCCUCCUCAUCAGCCACAUUCUCAUCGUCUGCGUCGCCGCCUGACCUGCUGCCGGCGAACCGCCACAGCAGAGACGGGAGGGAGGCGGGAGGAGGAGGAGGAGGGCAGCAGGUCACAGAGCUGGAGGCCAGGAGAAAGAGAGGUCGCAAAAGAAAACACGGUGACUCCCCGUGCCACGUGAGUUUCGACAAGGAGUGCCACGCCCUCCCCGAGUUCCUCGGCCAAUCAGACGGCGACGUGACUCCGCCCCGGCCGGCGGCCGUCCGAAGCGAGGACAGAACGGAGGGGCCUCCCAGGAAGACGUUUCUGAGCGCAGGGCUUUACUCGGACGAUUACAAAACUACGGAACCCCCCUCCCAAGCCCGAAAGAGCUGCAGCGAGAAUCUGGAGUACACACCUGGGGAACACGAGUACAGCCUUUUACCUGCGCCCAUACACGUUGGGAAGUAUUUGAGACUGAAGCGGCUUCAUUUCCAGCUGCCGUAUGACGUGAUGUGGCUCUGGCAGCACAACCAGCUCUACCGUAAGCCUGCUGUUCCCCUGAAGAGGAAGCGGCGUUACUGCCGUCUGAAACAGAGAACCUCAUCCUCCUCGCCUACAGGGGAGAGUUCAAGCGACAUUGCCAGCUUGUUCCCUCAUCUCAAUGUGGAGCCUCUGACCAGCAGCGAGCGGAGCUUUGUGGUGAAGCACCACGUCUUCCUCGUCAGGAAUUUGGAGCUGGUGAGAGACCGACAGCUCCGCAUGAGGAUGGAAAGAGAAAGGGAUGAGGAGGAGGAGGAAGAGGAGGAGGAGAGAGAGGAAAGAGAAGAUGGAACCAGUGGGGACGACAGCCACUUCAAGUCAGAUCACUCAGUGGGGGUGGAGGUGACGGUGAUCAGCAGUGAGCCCCACCACCAAAGUCAGGACACCUGCAGCGUGCACACUGCCAGCCCCAAUCCCACCAAGACCCAGAACAGACAGGAGGAAGAGGAGGAUGAGGAGGAGGAAGAGGAGGAGGAAAUAAAAUGGGAGCUCUGCAGCCGAGAACAGAGGCGGAAACGGCUGAAUGAUUUACUUUUGCAGAAGGAAAGGUGGUCUCAUUCUGCAGCAGGGACCAGGUCCGCCGGUGGACAGAUGGACAGCAACUGACACCGCCGCUGGUAUCAACAGGACGACACACGAGUGAGGGUGUGUGGGGGGAGAGAGGAAAAACAAAAAUGAGUUUUGCAAAUGAUCUGAAAAGAAGAAAUGCAACAAAGAUGUUGAACUCUUGCACUCUGAAUAGCAUCGCACCGACGAUGAAACCCUGGAAAUCUUUUUUUUUUUUUUGGUCCGAGCAGGCGAGAGAUGAUGAGAACUGUCCCGGAUGAAAGAAAAGACCAGCUGAAAUGAAUUUUGCACUAGUGCUGAAUGAACAAGCACCGUAACACAAUGACUCGAGUGGACGCACGACAACGACUGCUCUCACUUUAGCACCUUAAGCAGAAGCUGGACGGUUUUGUAGAUUUCAAAGCGAGCGCUACACGCAGCGUCUUCGGCUCGUCGUUUCCAAGAGCCGAGGAGCUCCUAAUCCACAAGAGGAGGGACGCAAAUGUAGCCCGGGCCCUAAGUAGGUCAGAACUGAACCUUGGUUUUACUCGUUAAGCUUUCAAAGUCACACUGCACCUUUGGGUGGGGAGGGGGGGACAAGAGGAAGAGAAGGAGCCAGUUUAAAAGCUGUUGGGUUUGCUUCGCCUUAAUGCCACGUCGUCUGCCAUGUCCCAGUCAACAGGCGGGACAGGACAGGGGACCACUGGGGGGGGGGUUAGCAAUAGGAAUUUUGGCAUCGCUGCAAGAGAAUUUCUAAUGAGGUUUAAAGAAAGAGGUUAUUUUUUUUGGAAGAGAAAAGGAAUGCUGGAGUCCUGUCCUCUACAGAAAUGAAGAAUAUAUUCACAGGAAUGUCUGGUCGACUAUUUUCAGCGUUGCUUCCACGGAGCAGGGGGCAGAGCUGGGGGGGUGCACGGGGUUGUUGGGUGGGUUUGUUCCCUUCAGACUGCCUUUAGAGAAUGUUUCACUCUUUGCUUCAGAGCACUGACAAUCAGAAUGUCCUCGGAGGCCGGGGGGCGGGGUCAGGAGGGGAUCAGAGAGGAAAAGGAAAGCCCCGCCCCAUAAAAACAAACGCUCUGCAGAAGUGCCAUGUGUGCAAACCUAAAGCUGAGCUCAUCCAGUCUUUUAAAGCAAUAUUUCCUUUAAUAAGGACUAUAUUCAGUUGUUUUUUUUUAUUAUUAAUUUGUGAAUAUUUAACUUUGUUUUGCUCCUGUACAAAUAGAUUGUUCUCAUCUUAGGAGCGUCGGUUUAAUCCACUUAGUGGAAGUUAAGUUUCAUGUGAAUGUACAGAUCUGGUUUUCUUUUCAUCAGCAGUAGCGUGUAAAUGUAGUAUUAUCCAGGACAAUACUAUCUAGGGUUAUACAACAAAAGAAGCUAAUAAUCAAACUUUUCUUUUUGCUGAGAUGUUAACAAAUUGCUGACCAAUAUAUCAGGCAUUUCUGCUUCUGACUGACAUUUGUAUUCGUUUUUUUAUUUUUAUUUGUAGAGCUACAUAUUUAGUUGCCUUUUUUUAAAGCUAAGCAUUUUAUUGGUCAGACAAUCAGUGACAGUGAAAUAGUCUUUUCCAGUGUUAAACUUCUGCUCUCUUUUUCAGUAGUGUGGCUUCUUAUAACGAGCCAAAAAAAGUGCAAUUUCUUUGACUGUUUACAUACUUGUAUGUAUAUUGUUUUUUUUUCCUCUUUCCUUUGUUUUUUAACUACAAGGCAUUACGUUAAUGCCAGCGGACGAUUAACUUUAUAGAAAAGGUACACUCAGAGUUAUUUAUCUAGUUUGCAUGACAUGUAACCUUUGCCUGUUGCCUCUCUGAUGGUGUGCACCUGAUAAACAAAACAAGAAGCAGUGAUAAUAGCGUAGAAUGUAAGCUCAGAUAUUUUGCCUCUAUAUCCAUAAUAAUAAAAAGCAUUUUAUGUAUCCUGUGACCUACAA